GUUUCCUACAAGGAAGUUCGCAGCAGCACCCUUGUAGUUUACUAUCCGUAGUCGGCCACUGGCAUACACGAAGUAUAAGACUACAUUUCCCAGAAGCCCUGUCGUUAUUUCGCGCAGGCCCAGUGUGGAAUUCGGCUCUGUCAGUGGGAGAAAACUGCCUGGAUAGGGUUUCCUCAGCUGUGUGUGAAAGAGAAGUCGUGUUUCUCCUGACUGUGGCGGCGGCUAGAGUUGUGAGCCAUGUCUCGGCAAGCUAACAGAGGAACGGAGAGCAAGAAGAUGAACUCCGAGCUCUUCAAUCUAACUUAUGGAUCCCUUGUUGCACAGCUGUGUAAGGACUACGAAAAUGAUGAAGAUGUCAAUAAGCAACUGGAGAAAAUGGGAUACAAUAUAGGUGUACGGCUGAUUGAAGAUUUUCUAGCCCGUUCAAAUGUUGGAAGAUGUCAUGACUUUCGAGAAACGUCAGAUGUCAUAGCUAAGGUGGCAUUUAAAAUGUACCUGGGGAUCACACCCACAAUUACAAACUGGAGCCCAGCGGGUGAUGAGUUCUCCCUCAUUUUGGAAAACAAUCCUCUAGUAGACUUUGUUGAACUGCCAGAUAACCAUUCUACACUUAUAUACUCCAACAUGCUGUGUGGAGUACUGCGUGGAGCUCUAGAAAUGGUACAGAUGGCAGUUGAUGUAAAAUUUGUGCAAGACACACUAAAGGGUGACAGUGUUACAGAAAUCCGGAUGAAGUUUAUCCGACGGAUUGAAGACAACUUGCCUGCAGGAGAGGAAUGACCGCAGGAACUAUCUCUCAGUUGGUGUUGUUGCUCUCUGAGGGAAAGCAUCAUUUGUAGCCAACUUUCUGAUGUUUCUUCCUUUUAGUUUGAGUUUGACACAAAAGUCUUAGAUCAACGUACAUGAUUCUGGACAAAUGAAAAAAAAAAAAACCUUUUCCCCUUUCUUUCUUUUUUUUUUUUAUUUGUAUUUCAGUGUGACAUUUUGUGGCUUUUUCUUUUACCAUAUUCACAAAAACAUAUAAAACAACUAGAAGUAUAUGAUUCUGCAGCAUGCUCUGUAGCAUAUAUACUUUCUAUGGCUAAGAGUGACCACGCACUGUCCAAGUCUGCACAGCCUUUCUGGCCGGGGGGGGGGGGGGGGGAUGACCUUGAAUUCCCUGCAAGUAAUAGAGCAAUGUUUGUUCUACCUUUUUUUUUUUUUUUUUUUUUUUUUUUUUUUUUCCCACUUGUGGAACCGUGUAAAAAUAUAUAGGCACCCAAGUCUUAAGAUGUGGGAAAAAAAAAAGUUACUUCUCAAUGGGAAAGCUUAGCCUGGGAUGCCUUGCUGAACUUCACACCAGAGGUUCCCUCAUGAUGUCAGUCACCCCACCACAUCAGCGGCUACCAUAAAAAUGAGACCCACCUUCCCGAUCACAAACUUGCCCCUGUACAUUAAAGGUCCCCAUCGCUUCAGAACCCUCAAUCAUACAGUCCCCUCUUCAAAUCAGAGCCCGACCUUUUAGCUUCAGCAGGUGGCAGAGGGCUGGGAGGUGGAGGAAGCAAAAUUCUGCCUGCCAUUCAAUUCUGGGGGUGACCCUGCAUCCCACCUGCAUUAAAGUCAUGCUUUGCCAAGGUGCUGAGGAGCUGUACACCAUCCCCAAAGCAAUAAAUGAUGUCAUGCAUCCUGGCCCUAGAGCGUUAUUUGUUAUGGUUCUGACAGUCUGUACAAUGGCAAAUUGGGUUCCAUGCCUGCAGCACCCUGGUUGAGAAACACUGUAAUUCCAGCAUUUCCAGAUCUGUUAUACAGUGCAAUUCUAAAUGUUUCUCAUUAAGAAAUGAAAGGAAGUAUUUAAUUGUAUAUGUGCUGCUUCCGCUCAUCACAUCACUGGGGGUUCGGGAAGAUGCAGAUGUUUCAGCUUUAACCUGUUUCUUUUGGUAAGACCUCUAACUUCUCAGACAGGGGAAAACAUUCUAAAUGAGAUUAUUUCAUUUGGGGAGCCAAUUUUUAUGAACUAGCUGGACUUCCACACACCUCCUGUUUUAUGUCACCGUGAAAAAUCUAAAAGCAUAAAGCAGGAUCAGCAGUGUCGCAAUGUUUCUAUUUAGCUAUCGUAAAACUCCAAUGCAAGAAUGAGCCAGUGGUCUCUGUCAAGUCAAUUUUAACAAAAUGGCAUUCCAUUAUUGUAGUGACAACAUGACACAUGCUUUAGUUCACUUUUCAUUUUUAAAUAUUUAGUAAUUAGAAUGAAAUGUAUUAUUAACCUAAAAGCCCCAGCUGGUGUCAGGUUGGGAUAUGAUGUGGUUUUACAAAAUGGGAGCAGAUGAGAAGGAUAUCAAUCUAGUUCUGCUGCUGAUUUAUAUACUGAAGGCAUUUUUCCGGUGUUAAUCUUCUAUUGUUUUGUCGGUUUGUGUUUUACAUAAUUAUUUGUCUAGUAUAUUUGGAAUAAAUACAUUUUAAAACAG